UGUGUUGGAUAAUUCCAGAAGCAGCUUCGCAUUUCCAGCACUGUUUCAGGUGUAACUGUCGCGCUGGGCUCGAGCUUGAGGUUCUUUUACCUGGACACGCGCAGAGACUUUCUUAGUCCAAACCUACGUUGGAACCGAGUCGAGGACACUUCUUACACAUUAGACCCGUUUGAAGUUGUUUCUUCUGUCACGUUUGAUUAGCUUGUUAAACCGGGUGUCAAAAUGUUGAGCGUCACUAGAAGCGUUUCAAGGACUUUGCCUUUGAAGAACUGCUCGAGGAACGGCUCGUCCUCCGUCUGGAAGGCAUGUUGGAGUGGCUUCCAGCCUGAUGCUCUCAGAGCCCUGUCCAGAAGAGACUAUGCGUCUGAAGCCAUCAAGGGCGCAGUCAUCGGCAUUGACCUGGGAACCACCAACUCGUGUGUUGCUGUCAUGGAGGGCAAACAGGCCAAGGUGCUGGAGAACGCAGAAGGAGCCAGGACAACUCCUUCAGUCGUCGCCUUCACGACAGAAGGCGAGCGUCUGGUGGGGAUGCCCGCCAAACGCCAGGCGGUCACCAACCCUAAAAACACACUAUACGCUACCAAAAGGCUGAUCGGACGCCGCUACGAUGACCCAGAGGUCCAGAAAGACAUGAAGAACGUCCCUUACAAGAUCACACGAGCCUCUAAUGGCGACGCCUGGGUGGAGGCUCAUGGGAAAAUGUACUCCCCGAGUCAAGUUGGAGCCUUCGUCCUGAUGAAGAUGAAGGAGACUGCAGAGGGCUACCUGGGCAACAAGGUGAAGAACGCUGUGAUCACAGUACCAGCUUACUUCAACGACUCGCAGCGACAGGCCACCAAAGACGCCGGCCAGAUCGCCGGUUUGAACGUCCUGCGUGUGAUCAACGAGCCGACUGCUGCUGCUCUGGCCUACGGCCUUGACAAAACCCAGGACAAGAUCAUCGCUGUGUAUGACCUGGGGGGAGGCACCUUUGAUAUCUCCGUCCUCGAGAUCCAGAAGGGAGUCUUUGAGGUGAAAUCCACCAAUGGUGACACCUUCCUGGGAGGAGAGGACUUCGAUCAACACCUCCUCAAACACAUAGUGAAGGAGUUCAAGAGAGAGUCUGGUGUGGACCUCAUGAAGGACAACAUGGCUCUUCAGAGGGUCAGAGAAGCUGCUGAGAAGGCAAAGUGUGAGCUGUCGUCUUCACUGCAGACCGACAUCAACCUCCCCUACCUGACCAUGGACGCCUCUGGUCCAAAACAUCUCAACAUGAAACUGACCCGUGCUCAGUUUGAGGGCAUCGUGGCUGAACUGGUCCGCCGCACCGUGGCACCCUGUCAGAAGGCCAUGCAGGAUGCUGAGGUGUCCAAAGGAGACAUCGGUGAGGUGCUGUUGGUGGGAGGCAUGUCCCGAAUGCCCAAGGUCCAGCAGACGGUCCAGGACCUGUUUGGCCGAGCUCCCAGCAAGUCUGUGAAUCCUGAUGAGGCCGUCGCCAUCGGAGCAGCGAUCCAAGGCGGCGUUCUGGCUGGCGACGUCACCGACGUGCUGCUUUUAGAUGUGACUCCACUGUCGCUGGGUAUCGAGACUCUUGGAGGGGUCUUCACCAAACUCAUCAACAGGAACACCACUAUCCCUACCAAAAAAAGCCAGGUGUUCUCCACAGCAGCUGACGGUCAGACUCAAGUGGAGAUCAAGGUGUGUCAGGGGGAAAGGGAGAUGGCCCUGGACAACAAGGUGCUGGGCCAGUUCACGCUGGUGGGAAUCCCCCCUGCUCCCCGCGGAGUCCCUCAGAUCGAGGUCACCUUUGACAUCGACGCCAAUGGAAUUGUCCACGUGUCGGCCAAAGACAAGGGCACGGGUCGCGAGCAGCAAAUCGUGAUCCAGUCAUCAGGAGGUCUGAGCAAAGACGACAUCGAGAACAUGAUCAAGAACGCUGAGAAAUACGCUGAGGAGGACAGGAGGAGAAAAGACUGUGUGGAGGCCGUCAACAUGGCCGAGGGUAUAAUCCAUGACACGGAGUCCAAGAUGGAGGAGUUCAAGGAUCAGCUUCCUGCUGACGAGUGUGCCAAGCUGAAGGAGGAGAUCUCUAAGGUUCAGAGCCUCCUGGCCAACAAGGACUCUGAGACUGGAGAGAACAUCAAACAGGCCGCCAACAACCUGCAGCAGGCGUCACUAAAGCUGUUUGAAAUGGCCUACAAGAAGAUGGCAGCAGAGCGGGACAGCAGCAGCAGCUCGUCAUCAGAGGGGGAGAAGAAAGAGGGGCAGCAGUAGACCUGGAUCUCAUCAAGUCUCAGUAACUAAGGACUCUUGGGCUCAUGGUCAGCCCGGGUGGGGCGGGUGGCAGUUCAGUGAGUCUGCCAGUCGAUCAUAUUCUACUGUGUUUUGGCAGUAAAUACUGUGUAGGAAAUGUAACGACCUAUGUGUAAUUUAAUCGUCUUCACUCAGUGUUCUGUUAUUUUUACAAAGCUCUUUGUUUUAUCUUGUAUGAAACCUUCAGUUAAUUUUUCUCUUUAUCUUCUGAAAUGCAACAGGUUGUUCAGAGAACUCCCCACCCCCCUCACUCAGUCUGUAGUAAAAUGUGGUCUCGGGUGUCGCUCUCACCUGUCCUCACUAACCUCUCAUCACGUCAGAACCUCCUCAGAGAUUAGGACCCGGAACGUUUAUGAAGUGUAGAUUCGUAAAUCUUCAUUCUGCUCCAGUUAACGAGGGACUGGGAUGGUUUUAAACAUCUGAAGGCGAGCUCGUCGUUAGUUGUUCAAAAUGCAAUAAAUGUUUUUAGCAGUGCACACUGGGGGUGAGACUCUUUCUACGCCUUGAGAUUCUGUUGGAUUAGGAUUCAGAGGUCUGAAUGUGAUCAAAUGAUGAUUGUUGCAAUUAUAAUCCCACCUCAAACUAAAUCCUGAGCAUGAAAUCAGAAUAUUUUGCAGAAUAAAAACAGUUUUCAUUCCAUUAAAAGUUUGGCAACUAAAACUAAUGUGAGCUGUCUGACCCACUGUGUUUAAACUGGAGAGACUUCAUCAUGGACAGGAUGAUCAUGUUCCGUCCUGGUUCCUGAGACAUCACUUCUACAUUGUGAGAAAAUGGCCACAUUUAUUUCAAACACUGAGUUCUGGAUGUUUGCAACCAGAGUCCUGCCAAGGCCAGCUCAGAACCCACAUUCAUGUUUCUAAUACACGUUAGACAUGAGGACUGUAGGUUUGGGCCGGUCUUCACAAUAUUUAUUGAGAACCCCUUCAAAUGAUUCAAGACAUUCUGGAGACUCCCCAUUAUUGGGUGUUUUUGUGUUUCUCCACUAUAAAUCAUAGGUUUUUGAUAUUUUUUGCUUGAACCUGCAUCAAGAUGCAUUGAGAAACUGGUUAAAACCGCUCGCUCCCAGUUUACGGUCUUUAAAGCAGAGUUGUGAAUACAGGUUUUAGUCUGGUUCUGGCUCGGUUCAGGAUGACCUCGGGCAGUGUAGAUGUGAAAACAUGAGCCUAGAUGUCAUUUUUCCUUCUGAAUUAAAUGUUGCUGCCACAACUUCUAAUGCUCAUCUUUCUGGUACUUCCUGAGAAGGGUCUGGACUGCUCUGUUCAAGCAGCAGCUACAGGGUCUUUUCUAGGAGGAUGUGCUUGUGAACAUGUAGGGCCAAAACUGCAUUUUUUUCCAAUAAAAAAAUUAAAACAA